CGGGAACGCGCCCCGGGGGCAGCGGGCACGCAGCUGGCACGGCGAGCCCAGCCGAGCUGAGCCGAACGGAGCCGAGCGCAGCCGAGAGGGGCCGAGCCCGGCCGAACAUUGCCGAGCCCAGGCAGGCCGGGGCCAGGCCGGGAGCCGCGGGAGCCCAGCGCAGCCCGGCUGGCAGCGGCCGCGGGUGACAUCUCCGCCCGCCUCUGCCUGCGGCGCGGGGCCGCCGCCGCGUCCUCCCGAGGCUGCCGGUCGGCGGAGCAGGUUCUUGGUCUUGAUGGUAUUAUGGAUGAAGAAGGAGUUCAGGAGAGUGGCAGUGACACCAUUGAUGAUGAUGAGCUUGUUUUGCCCAACAGGACCCUGAGGAGCCGUGCCGAGGACGCGGCGGCAGUCACCUCCCCGAGGAAGUCGCCACGCUUGAUGGCACAAGAGGCAGUGCGCAGCCUGCGGCAGAGCACCCUGGCCAAGCGCUCCAACCUUGCCCCUCCUGUCAGCACCAAGAAACCCUCUGCAAAGAGUGGAGCUGCUCCAAAAGCUGGGCAGAAAGCAGAGAGGAGUCCAGCCAAAGACACAGAGACUGCUGCAGCCCCCAGGACAGAGCAGCCCAGAGAGGUCAGGCGCAGUACGAGGCUGUCAGGACAGGUGGAAGGGACAGCAGCAGUAGCAGCACCCCAAGGUGACACCAAAUCUCCUUCUGCUCCCAAAGAGGGCAAUGAAAGCCUUGAGCAGGCAGAAGCUGAGGAAACAUCCCAAGAGUUAGGCUCUACUGAUGUAGCAGGAGCCUCUUCUCCUGGAGAAACAAAGGAGGUCACAAAGGCUGCAGCUGGACCUGGGCAUGCUGAGUCUGUCUGCUCAGGGCCUGCGGACACUGAGGGCACUGUGGUUCAGCAUGAAGCCCGUGAUGUGAGUGAGCCAAUGGGCUCUGAAAUCUCUGCAGAGGAAAAGACUGAGAACAAGCCAGAGGGGCUGGAGAAGAACCCAGAAGAGCAUGAGCCAAGUGUGGGAAGUGGAGAAGCUGAGGCUCCCUCAGCUGGGGUGGAUCCAAGUGACGUCUCUGAGCCCUUUCCAGACCUGUCCAGCUCCGGAGCUGAGGGCAUUAACUGUAGCUUGGGUUCAGACAGCGUGGGAGCUCCUGAGGAAAAGGCACUCUCAGGGAGGGAGCAUGGAGCAGAACCUGCAGGUGAUGCCAUGGAGACAUCUGCCCCUGCACCCGAGGAGCUGCUGGACAGCACAGAGCUGGAUCAGAAAGACCUGAAAAGCACAGAGCUGGCUGCCGCUGGGGCAGGAAACUGCAGCUCGGAGAGCACUGCUCCUGAGCAGCCCAACCCAGCUGGGCAGCAGCAGCCCAGCCCUGCAGCAGAAGCUCCUGAGGCAGCACGAUUGCAGGAUGCUGAGAAGCAGAGCACUGCUUCCUCCAAGUGUGAGAGGAGCGUCAGGCCCAGGCAGGACAAGCCCGCGGCACAGACCAAGCCACAGCCACCUGCAGCUGCCCGCCACAAGCUGGGCACGGCCCAGGCAGAGCCUGCACGGUCCAGGACGAGGGCUGGGCUCGCUGGCUCAGCUCUUCACAGUCCCCCUGGUGCAGGCCUGAAGAGGAAUGCAGCUGAGCAGGAGGGGCACCAAAACAACCCAGUUAAGAUCAGGAAGAAGGAGUCGGAUCCGGGUCCGAAGGCCAAGAGCUGCCUGCCGGGGCUUAAAAAGCAGAGCAACACCGUGCUGAAGAAGGCACCCCGAGGCCAAGCUCCUGGGCCAGCCCUGAAGGCCCCAGCUCAAAGGGCAAGUGAGAAAUCCCCUACCCAUCAAGGCUCUGGGAGAGACCCCCAGCACCCCCUGCACGUUGCCAGCCCUGCUCAGAAGCCGGCCCAGCCCCAGAAGCACCAACCUGCAGCCCUGCCGAGAGCAAACAGCUCCGCCAAGGAGGAGGCAGACACCAAAGACUCUCCCGUCCUGGAACAUCAGAAGGAGGAGGACAGAGACAAAAGCAGACCCAGAAGACCUGAGAAGGUUCUGCAGCCUCGGCAGAGGAGGAGCAGCAGGAGCCUGUCCCUGGAUGAGCCUCCCCUGUUCAUCCCAGACAACAUCGCCAGCGUCCGGAGGGAGGGCCUGGAGCAGCCCUGCGCCGCUGCCGACGGCAGGCAGGCCUGGGUGCCCAGCAAGCAGUGUGGCUUCUGCAGGAAGCCUCAUGGCAACAGGUUCAUGGUGGGCUGUGGCAGGUGUGAUGACUGGUUCCACGGGGACUGCGUGGGGCUGAGUCUCUCCCAGGCGCAGCAGAUGGGAGAAGAAGACAAGGAGUACGUCUGUGUGAGAUGCUGUGCCGAGGAGGACAGGAGGAUGGAGUGCCUGGAGCAGAGUGGGGCAGAGGCUCCAGGCAGACUGGACAUGCAGAGAGAAGAGAGAGGCCCUGAGGGUGACAAAGGGAUGGCCAAGCAGCCCCCUCCCGGGGCUGACAAAAGCAAGCAGGCAGAGGACUCUGGGAAGCACAAAGUCAAGAUCUUCAGACGGGAAUCUGGUGAUGGGAAGAACGUGGCAGAGGCCAGAGAUGUGGAUGCUAGGAAAGGACAACAGCCUCCUGCUCGGAAAGGCACACAGGGUGCUGCAGGCCCUCGGCGCUCCCCUGAGGAGAAGAACGAGAAGCUGGGCAAAGAGUCCCUUGGUGUGCUGGAAAGGGCCUCAAAGCCAGGUGUCCAUGAGAAGCCAGAGCUGAAGAAGAAGAAGAAUGAGAAAGGCUCCGUUCCUGCACCGCACCUCCCGGCUGUCCCUGCUUCCAAGCCUUCUGCUGACCAGAUAAGGCAGAGUGUCAAGCAGUCCCUGAAGGAAAUCCUGAUGAAGAGGCUGACUGACUCCAGUCUGAAGAUCCCUGAGGAGAGAGCAGCCAAGGUGGCCACCAGGAUCGAGCGGGAGCUGUUCUCUUUCUUUCGGGACACUGACUCCAAGUACAAGAACAAGUACAGGAGCCUGAUGUUCAACCUCAAAGACCCCAAGAACAACAUCUUAUUUAAGAAAGUCCUGAAAGGAGAGGUUACUCCAGACCACCUCAUCAAGAUGAGCCCAGAAGAACUGGCAUCCAAGGAACUGGCUGCUUGGAGGCAGAGAGAGAACAGACAUACAAUUGAAAUGAUUGAGAAGGAGCAGAGGGAGGUCGAGAGGAGACCCAUCACCAAAAUCACUCACAAGGGGGAAAUUGAGAUUGAAAGUGAAGCCCCCAUGAAGGAGCAGGAGGAGGCCAUGGAAGUUCAGGAGCCUGGCCUGAAGCUGCUGGAGAGGGCCGAGGAGGCUGACAGGGACCGGGAAGUGGCGGAGUCUGCGUCCCCAGACACCACCAGCCAGCACAAGAACCACCUCUUCGACCUCAACUGCAAGAUCUGCAUAGGGCGCAUGGCUCCCCCCUCGGACGCCCUCUCCUCCAAGAAGGUGAAGGUGUCGGUGGGAGUGGCGCGGAAGCCGUCGGACAACGAGGCCGAGAGCAUCGCCGACGCCCUCUCCUCCACCUCCAGCAUCCUGGCUGCAGAGCUGCUGGAAGAGGACAAGCAAGACUCAGCCAAGUCCUCGCUGCCACCUCUCCCAAAGUCAGAAACCCCUGGAACAGUGGAAUGUGAAAGUCUGUUCCUGGCACGCCUGAACUUCAUCUGGAAGGGCUUCAUCAAUAUGCCUUCAGUGGCCAAGUUUGUCAUCAAGGCUUACCCAGUGUCUGGCUCCUUUGAUUAUUUGACAGAGGAUUUACCUGACAGUAUCCAAGUAGGGGGCAGGAUCUCCCCUCACACUGUCUGGGAGUAUGUAGAGAAAAUCAAAGCUUCAGGGACCAAGGAGAUCUGUGUGGUUCGCUUCACCCCUGUGACCGAGGAGGAUCAGAUCUCCUACGCCUUGCUCUUCGCCUACUUCAGCAGCAGGAAGCGUUACGGUGUGGCUGCCAACAACAUGAAGCAGGUGAAGGAUUUGUACCUCAUCCCCCUGGGCUCCUCUGACAAAGUCCCACAUCACCUGGUGCCUUUUGAUGGGCCUGGGAUUGAAGUCCACCGACCCAACUUGUUGCUGGGGUUGAUCAUCCGCCAGAAGAUGAAGAGGCAGAGCCCUGCUGUGGCUGCUGCCGGCUUUGCGGAUGAGCCUGCCGAGAGCACCUUGAGCUCCCUGCCACCAGAGAAGAAAAGCAAGCCAAGCAAACCUGAGGUCUCUCAUCACGAGCUGGGCCUGGAGGAAGAGGAGGAAAAUGAUUUCUUUAACUCCUUCACGACGGUGCUGCACAAGCAGAGGAACAAACCCCAGCAGCCCAGCGCCGAGGAUGCCGCGGCGGCCGCCGAGCCCCUGGUGGAAAGCGCCAAGCACGAACCGCCAAAGCCUCUCAGAUUUCUGCCUGGGGUCCUGGUGGGCUGGGAAAAUCAACCUUCUGCUCUGGAGCUGGCAAAUAAACCCCUGCCAGUGGAUGACAUUCUCCAAAGCCUCUUGGGCACCACGGGGCAGGCGCUGGAGCCCAGCAAGGCAGAAGCAAGCUCCAGCGAAGACAUUCCCCUGCUGAACGAGCAGGCAGCCUCCAAAGAGGAGGACAUGGACGUUGCUGAGGGAACUCCCGAGGGCAGCGAGGCAAAGGCUGCUUCGGGUGACCCCCCAGAAGUCAGCAGCGCUGCUGCAGCUGUGGAUGCGGCAGCUGGAGGCACCUCAAGCUCUGCCAAGAGUGCUGGGCCCUUGCUGGGCCUGACCCUUAAGGGGAAGCCUCCAGAUGUCUCCACGGAUGCAUUUUUAGCUACUCUCUCUGCUCAGAACAAAGACACUGAAGAGGCUACGGAGAACGACCCAAAGAGGCAGCUGCCUGACAAGGACACUGCUGCCCAGGAAGUCAGAAGGACCACAAGUUCCAGCUUCUCCACCUCCUCCUCUUCCUCUUCCUCCUCCUCCUCCAGCACAGGGAAAAAACCCAAUGAGAACAACCUUGCAGCAGGCUGCUCUGAGGGUGCCCCUGCCACCACCUCUAAAGCCUCUCCCUUCAUUAACCUAAAGAGGGACCCGCGGCAGGCAGCUGGCCGCAGCCAGCAGGCUGCAGAGAGCAAGGAAGGGGAGGCCAGCAGGGGAGAGGAGCGCCAGGGGCCCCCGGGCGCUGAGCCAGCAGAGGCAGACUGCAAGCAGCCUCCUGCAGAAGCGGCAGUGAAGCCCUACCAGGGAGAGGCUCAGGGCAGCGAGGCGCAGCAGGGCCCGGCCGCAGCCCAGGCGGAGGCCGCGGAGGCCAAGCAGCCCCAGGAGGAUGCCCUGCUGCAGAGCGUGGAGGCAGCGGCUGCCUUCAGGAGGGGCCCGGCGGCAGCCGCGGCUCCCUUCGAAGCAGAGAACCCUUCUCGCUCGGAAUUCCUCCCCCAGGGCCCCGGCCCCGUCCCGGGCAGCAGCUUCCCCCCGGCCAGAGCCGCCCAGCAGAGCUUCCAGCACGCCAAGCCCAGCCCAGCCGGCUUUCAGUUCCAGGCCCCUGCGCCCCCCAGCUUCCCCCCGCAGAGCAGCCCCAUGUUUGCCUUCCCUCCUCACCUGCCGCCGCCGCUGCUUCCGCCUCCUGCCUUCGGCUUUCCUCAGAGCCCCAUGCUGCCCUGGCCGCCGGUGGCUCACCUGGCGGGGCAGCCCCCGCCCUUCGCCGGCCCCAUGGCCCCGGGGCUCCCGCCGGGGGCUCACAAGCAGCCCAGGUUCCUGGGCCCCGAGGGCUUCUUCGGUGGCAAAGAGAGCAGGAGGCCGGAGAGGCGCCACAGCGACCCGUGGGGCAGGCAGGAGCAGCCCCAGCACCCGGAGAGGGCCUUCAGCAGGGGCAAGAGCGAGCAGCACAGGCAGAGGUUCUACAGCGAGUCCCAGCAGCAGAAGAAGGAGAGGUACGAGAAGGAGUGGAGCUGGGAGCAGGAGGCUGAGCGGAACAGGCGCAGGGACAGGACCCAGGAGAAGGAGAGGGAGAGGAAGGGCAGAGAGGAAGGGCAGCGAGACAAGGAGCGAGCGCGGUCCCCGCACGCCGCCGAGGGGAAGAGCCCCAGAGAGACUAAGAACCCCGAGAAAAAGGGGGAGAAGCCCAGACCCGAGGAGGACAAGGAGAAGGAGAAGAGCAAAGAGAAGCACAGGGAGAGGGAGAGCGAGAAGAGCAGAGACAGACACAGGGACCACAGCGACAGAAGCAAAAGCAAGAGGUGAAAGGCUGCAGGCAGACAAAUCCCAUGUCAAGAACCUUUCCCAGGUAGGGCCUCAACCUUUGUGUGGAAGCGGAGGGAAGAAGAACACAGCCCCAGAAGCCUGCUAGGAUUGUGCCAUGGUUUUAAUCCCUUCUUGGGGUUCUGCAGAACUCAGUCUGUGGCCUUGGUCCCAGCCAAGGCUGAGUUCCUUUGCUCCUGACACCCAACCGCAAGUAGGGACUGGAACACUUUUAACGACUUCUCCGUUGCUCUGCGGUUCCAAACUUUCAACACUUGUGAAGCUUGGGAGGUUUGGGGGUUGGGUUUGUUUGGGGUUUCCCUUUGGUCCUAGCUGAGGCUUCCCUCAAAUCCUGGAAAUUUUAGCUGCUGCCUUUCGCGCUCUCUUCUGG